UCGCAAAACAUAAAUUAACCUUUUUCCUGUACCUAGUUACGUAGCAACGGAUGUAGCGAUUUGCAUCAAUCAUUGCCUUCCAUUACGUUUUCCCAAGACAAAAUGAGGCCUAUUUUCCUGAUGGAAACUCCUUUAGAUUUCUUGCAAGCCCUUUAGGAUCUUCCUCAAGCAGCACUAUUUUGGAUUCUCCAGCCAGAAGUCUGAUGCUAAUGUCAAGAUGGCCUCUAAUGUUGCCAAACAGAACAUCUAUCCCAUAGAGAAGAUCACUUUUGGAUCUCGAGAUCUUCAGAAGCGGUAUGAAGAAAUCCUCGGGCCUCUCACCUUAUUUGCCCCAAAGUUUGAUGAAGAAGCUUCAGAAAAGGUUGAUCUUGAGGUUGAAAGGCCUGUUACACCUAUUGAUGAUAGUAUCAAAGCCCCACCCACUACCUUCUCUGAGCUGGCCAAGCUGAUCAGACGCAGGAUUGCUGCGAACUCACAAUGCCCCUAUCUAACGGUGGAAGAACAACAGAUGCUGGCUGGUGUGAUAAUAGGAGAGGUAAACUCCAUCUGGCCAGACAUCAGAAGACAAGUUGAUGAUCCCUUCUUGACUUUUGAGGAGAAUAAGGAGCUUCAGCGUCGUAUUACUGUUCAUAUCGUGACAGUAUGUCAACAACUUUUUCAGCAUUAUGUUGAAAAGGCUAAAAUGCUUACAGACAGGAAUGUAUUCAGUGGGAUUGCCAACAUGAGCAGAUUGAAAGCCCAGGUCUCCCUUGAUGCUAACAAAUUUCUCAACAUUCUUGCCAUACGUCGUCACAUAGUAGCAGAUAUCCGAGGAGCUCAUUCAGACUCUGAAGACAGUCAUCUUCACAUCACAUCACCUAGACCAGCCUCAAGACAUGCUAAGGAAGAAAAUGUUCCUCUCUCUUAUCAAAAACUUAUUGCCACAAGUCGUCCCAAGCGUCGUCGGAACCUCCGUCCCACUGUGGAUCAGCAGAUCCGUGACAUGACCUCCCAGUUCCCUUCCCUACAUACCUCAAGGGUCUUAGAAUACUUGCCAGACCUUCAUACGUUAGAGAGGGGUGUUAUGGCUUCAGCUAUGAGGAUGGAAGAAGAAGCUGAUACGUUAGAAGGGACUGGGGAAGAGACUGAUACACUGCUUGAAUCACAAGCAGGCAUUACUGAGAGUAUGGACCUCACCAGGAAACUAGAAGAGUCUGGCCACCAGAGGGAUUUCAGGUUGCCUCGUCCACGUUCCUUACCAGAGUUCCAUCUCUAUGAAUCUAUUUAUGAAGAGAUUGGUUUAGAUCCACCUCCUAAGUCGGGGAGACCAAGAAGCUCUCAUAGACAUAGACCCAAGUAUAACCUUCAGGAGUCUGAUCAAGAACAGGAGGAAAAGUCAGAAGCUCAACCUACAGCAGCCACUGCCAGCAGACCAACCCUCUCUAGACCAGGUGCUGCUACAUCUAAGCCUCGUCCAGACUCCAGCUCCUACAUCAAACAAGAUCUUGAGAAGCUCUCCACCUACCGCUCUGCCAAGACAGAGAGGAAGAAGGAAGCUCUCCCAGAGGAGGAGGAUCUCCCUCCGCUCCUACAGGCUGUGGAUCACAAUGAAAGACAGGAGCAGAGGAGAGUAGCAAUGAAACGACAGAUGAGAGAUACAGCAGCAGAAGCAGAUAGAAAGGAACAAGAAGAAACGAUCAAGAUAAGAGAACCCACCCACCCACAGCCUGCUACGGUCACCACUAAGAUGCCUAAUAAGUCUACAGUCAGGACAUCGGAUGUGAGGGUAUCAGAGAGGGUCAGUCAGACACAGGUCACUCUCAAUCUCUACAAGACGGUCUUCAAUGAACUCACAGAUGAGGUUGAUGGCAGCACCAUUAAGAAACUUGAUGCCAACUUGUUCAGAGGUCAAGAAAUCAAGGAAGUUUAUGAAGAAAUCCUCAAGACAUUACCAACUGACCAUAUGACCUUUGACAUGGAUGGAUUUGUAGAGACAGCAGCUAGUGAUUAUUCCCUUCACAAGGCACCUCUCCUAGCAUCUACAACCCUCAACAGAGGCAAAGCAGAUCGUGUUCUCAAUCCUGAUCUGGUUCAUAAUGAACAGUCUCCCUGGGGUAUUGAGAGAGAUGAAUGGUGUAAGAGCCCCAUCUUCAAUGCCACAUUUGCGAGACAGAACCCUGCUCAGCCACCCCAAGUCAAGAGCAACAGCCUGCUGCAAGGCGGGACAAGCUUCUUCGGAGAUACCCUCGGCUAUGGUCUCAACAGCACAGGUGGUGGUGGAGGAGCGGGCGCCAAUGGAGCCUACGGAGCCGGUGGUGGAAUGGGUGGAGGGGGUGCAGGAGGAGGUGGUGGUGGAGGGUUUGGUAGACCUAUGAUGAUGGAUGAUAGGAAUACCAGAGCAUACGCAUCUUGGCUUCAAUGGUGGAAGAGUACUAUCAGCUGUGAGGAUUACAUCAAAUAUGUCUCCUCUCAGGAGACUGAUUUCUUAGGAGCUGUUUAUCACUUGUAUGACAGUGAUACAGAGAGUGAUACAGGCAAGGUCCCAGAGAAGAUUAGUUCAUCCAAGCUAGAGAGACAGAAGGAAAGAGAAGAGAAACUUGAUGAGCUAAAGAUUCAGAAGAAUGAAUAUAUCCCAGGCCAAUGGAAUGUAGGUUCAGUGAUGCUAGGAGGAUUAGGAAAAGAUCCUGAAGUUGAAAUUGAUCUUGAUGAUUCCGAGAGCCUGUCUACAGAUGCCCUCCAAGGUUUGACCAGGCGAACACACUCCAGAGCUGUGAGUAGAAAUGCCUCCCGUAACACUCUCACCCCUAGAGGGGGUACUACACCACGACAAAGCCAGCACUCCUUACUGCAAUCCAGAGUGACGUAUAGGACCCCCAGCAGAGCUUCUCUUACUUCCCGAGCUGAAACAGGGCAACCAACCAAACAGAAGCAGACUACACAGAGUAAGCUAGAACAUAUCUGGAACUCACUUCAGAUGCCUGACAAUCUAAGACUAGAUAUGGCUAUCAAAUACAGCUCAGAUGAUCACAUACCACUACUUGAAGAUGCGAUCUAUGCUUGGCAGCUGGCUGUCAAUGUGAUUGUACAGAGAGAGAAUAUCUUGACUUCUCUAGAGAGCUUUGAGAGAUUCGCAUCAGAUCCAGACAGGUUCUUCCAAAAAGGUCACAGGGGUUCAUCUGUAGCGAGACUAGAAGAAGCAAAGCAGAGAAGUGCUUUGUAUGCUGCCCUCUCUGCAGUAGAAACAAAGGUCAAGAAAAAGGUCAAGCUCAUCGAUAAGAAGUUCCAUGACACAGUCACAUACCAGGGGCGGCCUUACUUGGAGAAGAUGAAGUUGGACUGCACAGAGAUGCUUUAUUGGUUGCAGCAAGAGAGACGAGAGAGGGCGAUAGAACGUACGGCCAUGCUACAGGAUGUAAGAAUACCUCUCACAGACCUGCCGCCAAUACGGAAUGUGCCUUCAUCAAUUUCUCAAUGAAUUUCAUUGGAGCUUCAUUGAGACGGUCAUAAUGUGAUUAGUGGAAUCAUAAUAAAUGUAGAUCUAUAAACAAGACUGAAGGAAAAUAUCAAUAAAAUAUCUAUUAGAUCACCUUGAAUAAAUGUUAUGCAUUUCAUAUUUUCUGUGAUAGUUAAAGCUCAUUUAUAAUAAGGAUGAUUAUAAAAAUGAUGAUAAUGACAGUUUGAUUUAUGAAGCACUCUUUCCUCAGCAUGAUUCAAAGUAUAAUACUAUUUAAAAGUCUAUUGGAUAGACAUUUCCUCAUCUAAUGUGGUCAAAGGUAUAGAUCUAGAUUAUGGCUGUAUAAUUAAGAUUUUUCUUGGAGUGAUAAAAAUUACAAUGAGGAUUAAACUCACCGGUACUUUGAUAGUCAAUCCGAAGUAAUUUUUCAUUGCAACUUUGAUAAAAUGUAUGAUUUGAUUGGCUAAGUGGGAAUUCUCAUUUGGCUUAAAAAAAUUGAAAUAGUUAUGUUUUAUUAACUGCUAUAUCACAAAGGACUGUAAUUUGACAAAUAUUCUAUUAUUGAUCAGUAGCAAAUAAUACAUACAUGUUUUCCUGUGGUCUGUGUAUUAGAGAAAAACAUCUAACUUGGAUUUUGAUUUCUCUUAAAGAAUAUUGAGGAGUAUAUUAAUCAUUAAUGUACACUAAGGCAGCACAUAACAAUUGUAAGACUUAACACCUUGAUAAGUAGAAAGUGAUUGUGUUCAAUGCUGAGCCAAUUUGUAUGACUUGUUGGGUAGCAAAGACAUUUAUUCUUUUUUUAAACAAAGCUAUAAUGUUCACUUUCUUCCAAUUGUCAAAAGAGUUGAAUUAAAUUCAGGAGCUAUCGAUAAUAAUCGUAAUAACUGCAUUGCAUUCCUUUAUAAUAACUGCAGUAUAUAUUUGUAAACGUCUGCCAGCGGAAAUUGACUAUCAUGUGUGUCCUAGUUGUUAGCUUGUGCCUUUCAUGAUUUGAGUAAAUUAAUCUUCCAAUGUGUGGAACUGCAUGACUUUAAUUUAUAGAAAAAAUAUUUGACUACCAUGGUGCGUGAUUUAUAUAUUAUUUUCAAGGAAUAACCAAAACACUUCAUGCUUUGUCACUGUAAAGAUAUAUUUAUAACCAUAAGCAAAAGCUUUGAUACAUAUUAUUUUUCAAUUACUUGUCACCAAAGUUAUGAAUGAUAUAUGUUGAACUGAGUUAAUUCUAUUUCUUCCGCAAAAAUGUUGUGUUACAUCCGUCCACCAGUUUACCUAGAGAAUAUUUCUUUCUCAUGAGCGUUUGGUGCUGCACAAAGUAAUUGCUAUGUCUAAAUGAGUAUUUUUAUGAAAAGUUUUCAAUAUGGUACUUGUAGACAAAGUAUUUUCAUUUGGUACUUUCAUGAUAACCAAAGAAAUUUGUUCAUAUGCCGUCCAGUAAAGACCUGAUGUUUUAUUGUUUAUCAGUUUAUACAUAUGAUCCAGCUUCAUAAUAAUUUCAGAGCACAUGUGAACAGCUUAUUUGUACUUUUGAGUACUCUUUGUCAUGGAUCACUUUCAACUACCGGUAAUGUGCUUUUAUAUAAUUGAAAUCUGCUGAGUGGUUUUUAUUUUGUUUCUAUACAAUCCACAACUACAUUAGCUCUAAAAACAAUUAUUAUCAUGGUCUUAAUAUUUGAUGCAUAAUAAUUAAUUAUUGAUAUGUAAUGUUCAGACAACCUGUAAACAUAGAUAGUGUAUAUGAAUUAGUUGACACUACCAGUAUACGGUAUUUAACUUUAUACCAAAUCUUUUGAUGAAACAUAGUAACAUAAAAUCACCUUGAAAAGAAUAAAUGAUGUACUAUAUGCAUGCACACCUCUCACCAAAAAUCUUACAUGUAUAAAUGUUUAAAAUAUAUCACCUAAAAUUGUAUAUUUUGUAUUAUAUUUAUAUUUGUAUAUAAUGUAUAUAUAUAUACAUUAUCAAUAUGAUUAUGUUUGAUACUUAUGUAAAUAGUGUAUUUCUCUUGAUGAAGUCUAUAAGCUUGUAUGAAAAGAUACAUAUGUGUCAUAUAAUAUAUCUGAAUACCAUA